CCUCAAGUCUCCGACAAGAUUACGCCAAUGCUCGGAUCGGGCCCCAAAGACGCCAAUGUGCCGCUCGACUCCCUCUCCGCCUUGUCGUCGGUCGUAGAAAGCUCUCAACCAGACGAUGGUGGUCAGAGCACAACGCUCCUGCUGGUAGCUUUUCCACUUCCAUCGCGCAGUCUUCUGGCCGGACCGGACGCCGCGAUCUCGCCCUGCACGAAAAACCUUGUCGCGCGCGUAUCGUCUUAUCUUGUCUCGUUUAAUUUUCGCGGCCCCACCGAAAGAAAAACCAAACGGCGAGCAUUUUCCCGGGGGCAUACGCAUCAGUUUUUCACUCGACGAAAAGUGCUCGCUCUUCUUCUUGUAAUAUAUCUAUACAAAAUAUACCUGUGAAUUUGCAUUUCAAGUGCCAGUCGAUGUAAGGACGUUGGUUUCAUGAGGAAUUAGCGAAGAACUAGCGGAGCCGAGAGAGACAGUGCCAACAUGCGGGAGAAACGAUGGCUGCUGCUGCUCGCUCUGUACGGAAUAUUAUUGGUCCAUGCGGUCUCCGCAGCACUCAAGACCAGACCGAAAUUCAAAAUUGCGACAACCUCCACGACGACAACCACGACGACAACUGAGGAGCCUCACGUGGAGGAAAAUGAAAACGCAAAUUCGGAGACGACAACAGUCGCAAUCGAAACAAACGGAACGACCGGGCACACUUUAACAGGAAUUCCACAAAUCGAUUACAUAUGGGACCCGAAUCUACCGCGCGAGUUAAAUGGCUAUAAUCUCAGUGAUUAUCCAUUCUAUAAUAGUAUACCCGAGGAUAUUGACUUCAAGUGCGACGGCUUGCACGACGGAUUCUACGCCAGCGUGCCGCACAAGUGCCAGGUCUAUCAUCAUUGUCUCUUUGGCACUCGCUACGACUUCCUGUGCGCCAAUUUCACGGCGUUCGACCAGAAGACCUUCAUCUGCCACUUCGUAUCCGAGGUCGAUUGCGCCAACUCCAAGAAGUACUGGCACAGAAAUGAUGCUCUUUAUCAAGCUGCCACGACUACGACCACCACUACGACUACCGUGAUGCCGGUUACUGCAUCGACCAGUCGACCGGCUGUACGCGACCGAAUUCCACCCAGGAGAAGACCACCGGCGAGAAGAAGACCCUAUGAUUACUACGAGGAAGACUACUACGACGACGAAUACGGUCGUCCAUCGCGAGACUUUGCCGGUCGAGACGAGUACGAGUACGACGACCGGAAGUACAGGCGUGAUAGAGAUCGCGAGUUUAGAGACCGGGAUCGCGAUCGCGACUUCCGGGAGAGAGAGCCGCCAUCGCGCGGCAGAGAUGAUAGAGAUCGAGAUGCCGCUAGAGACAGAUACUCGAGCAGAGGCAACAGAAGAGAUCCACCGAGGCCGAGGGAUCCGUUGGAGGAUGACUUGAGACCACGGGGAAGAAAUCCGGAUCAGGGUAUCAGAUCAACAUCGAAGGAGGUAGAUGAUUUAGAUGUGUACGAUAGACGAACGGAAUCGAGAAACAGAGAUACCGAUGAUCGAAGAUAUUCCGAUAAGAGGUACAAAGAUGAUUACGAUGAUAAGGAACCUGCAGCGCCUUCGGUGAGUGCGACGUCCAACGCGGAAGGUCUGGUGAAACCAGCUGCGCCCAGCAGUUCAGUUUAUGCGAGACCGAGAACGCCGCCCAAGAUUAGACGACCGGUACCUAUCUCGGAACAAGAUAGAUAUGCAUACAAAACCACUCCCGUACAACCAACAGAGGAACCACGACGACGACCGGCAGAUUUGACGGAGGAUGAUUAUUACGAUUAUGAGUUAGAGGAUAUUAGACCGAUCAGGAGACCGCUCAGAAGAAGACCCUCGUACAGGGACAGAGAUAGGGACAGAGAUUUUUAUGAAACUCGGGACAGGGACCGUCCCAUCAGAACUCGUUAUCAUUCAUCGCCGGAAGAAGCACGACUCAGAACGCAUCAGGAUCGCUCAAGAGAUCGCUAUUUCGAUCGAGAUAGGGAUCGAAGUAGGGAUAGAUCUCCCGGAAAAGAUCGCGGUUCCGAGAGAUCCUCGGAUCGUGAUCGAGGAAAAUCACAAGAUUCCGAAAGAGCCUCGGAUCGUGAUCGAGGAAGAUCGCAAGAUCCCGAGAGAUCCUCGGAUCGCGAUUCGCGCGGAAGAUCGCAAGAUUCCGACAGGCAAGAACGACCAUAUUCGCCACGGCUUCUCGACCGCGAAAAAGACGUCGAACGACUGCGAUCAUCCUCGAGAUCGAAGGAUCUAUCGGACGGUACUGAAGCAUCCAGAAGACCAAACUCAUAUGAUCGAACAACCGAAAAAACUACUGCUACUACAACAACAACUACAACCACCUGCUUACCGGAACAGCUUAUUCACAAAUCUGAAGUAAACACCAAGGAUACGACUGAUCCAUCAGAAAAACCAUCGUAUUCGGAACGACCAUCCAGACCUACUCAGACACAAAGCGAUCACGUAGCGAGCGAUAUUCAAGAUUAUCACAGAAAUUUGUCUGGGCAAUCUCAGAGAACCUCUCAGCAAGCAGAUUAUCAAGACAGAGACUUGGAGAGUAAAAACGAACAGAUCCAUCAUCAAGUCGCAUAUACGGACGAAUACUCGGAAUAUUAUGACGAGCCGCUGGAAGAUCCGUCCCCGUCUCCGUCUCCUCCUCCAUCACGAACUGCCGUUCGAAUCGUGAAGAGGCCUUUCUUGCCAUCUCGAGGUGGUAAUCCUAAUCCGAGAGGAUUGUCACCGGUUGGCUCCAAAGCGCCGCAUUCGCCUAGAAGAGAGGAAGAAACAACCACUGAUCAUCAAAGCGCUUUACGCGAGAACCAACACAAGAGUUAUUAUGUACAAGAGGAACAAGAAGAUAAUAGAGACAUCAAUCAUCAAGAAUCACACCUGAAAUCGGACAAUAAACAAUAUGAUAUUUACAAAACCAUUCAAAGUGAUCAUCAGAAGAAGCAACAGCAAGACGAAUAUGACAGCGCGAUAUUUAGACCUGUGCUACGAAGACCGAUCGAAAAGCACAACGAAAAGGAGGAAGAAGAGGAGGUCUCGAGGAGUCCGGAAGAUCCGUCCAUUUUCUCCAAAGAAUACUCUACUCAGAACCAAUCCUACGAUUUAAGCAAUCAUCAAGAUGAGAGUCCAACAUCCAAGUGGACGGAGAAUUAUUCGAGCGAUAAGUACGCGAACACCGGCAACGUACAGACCGAUUCUCCGAUCCGUAGCAAAGUCAGAACCGGCACCGAAACCACGCCAAACAUCUACAGCUCGACGUACAGAAACGAGGAUAUCCCGGACCACUUGCCUUCGGGACCUGGCAAUAGCUACAGAGUCAAACAGAGAAUCAACGAAGUAACGCAUCGGCUUCAGGAUAUCCCCGAUAGUGAAUACGACGUUACUCUAAACGAUGCCCUGACGCCGACCUUGAUUCAAGAAGCCAAUUUGCCGAGCGGAUUCGUCCUACCUAUUCACAGACAGCAUCUGGGUAGAGACGCCGUGCUACAACCUUCCGAAAACAAUUACAAACUCUCCAGGCCCAUUAAUCAUCAUCAUCAGCAGCAGCAGCAGCAGCAGCAGCAUCCGCAUCAACAAAAAUCGUUCGUUCCGAGUCCUCAAUUUCUGCCGACAAACAUUAACAAUAACGAUCGAGCCCGAACGACGUAUUACAGAACACCGGAGGCUAUACAAAUCAGCGGGACGCAAUAUAGACAGCAGAGACAAUGGCAAGAUUACACCGUAUAUUGAUGGAAUAUAACAUCGUAUGAUGUAUCGUAUACGAGGGAGAGAUUUGAAAUUUUAUCUUGCUUCACGAACGAUAAACGACUAAUUUAUAUUGCCACCGAUCGACUUAUCUAGGAAAGACACUUUCGUGGAAGAAACGCUACUCACUUCUUUCUUUUAUGAAACUGGCUUUCCGCGGACAGACAUCGCGCGUUCGAUACUUAGCCUUGUUGUAAUCAAAGAUGAUCAAAGUAUCUUUCAUUCCAAAGAACGCACGACACGCUCGUCUCGACGCGUCGCGCCGCUCUGAGGGUAGAAAAUAAUCUGUAAACGAUUCAGUUAGCUAUUGAUAAUUUGUGAAUUUUAUAAAAUAAUAAAUUGUUCAUUAAAAUUUAAGAAAAAAUAGAAAUUAAAUAGAUCAUGGUAUAAAUCGCAAAAUGCCACGCUAUUUAGAAAGGAAAACAUAAUUCAAAUGAGAAGAUUUAAAAAAUGAGAUAUUAGUCAUCCUGAUACUUAUCGGUACUCAUGAUUCACGCAUAUCACAAUAAAAAGCAAAAGCAGGAUUAAUGUUCAACAAUAACAUCGAUCAUCAAUUAAUAACAUCAAUAAUUUCGCUGGAGAAAUUCUAUAUUACAUGAAUAUUAGAUCCAGUUGUAAUAAUGUAAAUGCUGCAGGAUAAUGUCAUAUAAUAAGCACUAUGUUUCCUCUGAAUUAGUAACGUGGAUACAGAAAUUAAUUUAAAACAUGAUACAAUUUAAUAAUAAUUUUAUUUGCGAUAAUAAUGCAUAUUAUUCAUGAUACUUAAUCGAGAUCGAAGUCUUUAUUGAAAUGUUAGAGGCGCUGAAAACAUUUAUUUCAACUUUAUAUUCUUCUUAAUUCAAACCAACUUGUAAAUAAUUGUAUGACACUCUAUUCUAUGUAUAUUCUCCUUAUAAUGCAAGUUACACUGUAAUUCAAAAUGCGAUAAAUAUAUUUCCCUAUUAAAAAUUGUAUACAUUAAAUCCUAUCGUUUGUCAAAUUUCGAUUGAUAUUAUUAGCGGAUAAGUCUUCCUGAGCGUGUAUCUUGUCUUAAGGUUAUGUCGAUAUUUACGUAUGAUAUAAAAGAGUGAGAAAAUAUACGUACCAUUGUGUUAUUCAUUGUGUCACACUGUCCUUCUUUAUAUAUAUGCUUUGACGCCAGCCAUAAUGACAAUAUAAAGAAUGAUACUUGAAAAUGUUCAGUUGCAGAGAACUUUUGAAGACCUUUAUUAUUAUAGUACAAAUGACAUAAAUUAUACAACGGAAUAUCUGAUACUAUAAGAAACAUUCAUAGACAUUAUAAGACCGAGUCGAGAAAUCCUGCAAUCGUAGAGACAAUCAAAUAAUUUCAUACUAAAGUUUCAAGCGACAAUCAUUUUUUUCCAGAUAGCCUUAAAUAACUGCUACUUACACUGCCUGUUAAUGUGCGAGAAAUAUAUAUAUAUAUAGACCAAAAAUAAUAUGUCGAAGAUUGAUAUCAGCAAUAAUAUAUAAUAUUUACACGAGAAAUACUUCAAGAUUGAAUCGUUCAUUGUGCCAAAAAAAUGCAGUGGUUCGCGAUCAACGAUAAAAAUUCAGUC